CCCGCCUGGCGAUGAGUUAUGGGAUUCAUGUGGUAGAAGAAGGUCAAAUGCAAGUGAGGAAGGCAAAGGCUAUGCUCCAAUAUGUGGAAAUGAAGAAACCACAGUAGAUUGCUUCGCUUAUGGCAUGAGGGAAAAAUUCUGGAGGAGGACUAAUAGGAAAUCUCUAGAACUUGAAGCAGCACUACAGAACAAAAGCAUGAAUGUGUUUUUGCCGGAUGACAUUCUUGAAAUGUGCUUAUUAAGGCUUCCUUUUAUAAGUGUCAUGAAUGCUAGGCUGGUGUGCAAGAAAUGGAGAAACUUGACAAUGACGCCUCGUUUCUGGCGAAUGAGGCAAGAAGGUUCGUUUCAGAAUCCAUGGGUUUUUCUCUUUGGGGUUGUAAAAGACGGUUGUUGUUCUGCAGAAAUACAUGCAAUGGAUGUUUCCUUCAACCAAUGGCACAAAAUUAACUCUGAAAUUCUGAAAGGAAGGUUUUUAUUUUCUGUUGCCGGUAUCCAUGAUGAUGUUUAUGUUGUUGGAGGCUGUUCUAGCCUUACUAACUUUGGGAAAGUUGAUAAGAGCUCAUUCAAGACACAUAAAAGCGUGCUCGUUUUUAGUCCCUUGAUGAGAACGUGGCGUAAAGCUGCACCAAUGAAGCAUGCAAGAUCAUCCCCUAUUUUAGGAGCUUAUGAGAUCAGUUCAGAUUGUUUAAUUAUUAGGAAUCAACAAACUCGAGGAGACAGAAGAUUUUACCGUCCAAGAGUUGGUGGGGUAUCUGAUGUUUAUGAGGAUCCUCAUAGACUUUCAGUUAGACGCCAAUUUCGAUAUUCUCUGGAUGAGAACGAGCUUACGUCCUUGCCAAGUGUGAAACCGUACAAGUUUGUCAAACAAAAAGGCGAACAUUCAAAUAAAGAUCAAAGACGCUUUCUCUUGUUUGCUGUAGGGGGUCUUGGAUGCUGGGAUGAGCCUCUGGAUUCUGGGGAAAUUUAUGAUUCCAUGUCAAAUAAAUGGACAGAGAUCCAGAGGCUGCCUGUAGAUUUUGGAGUAGCUUGUUCGGGGGUUGUGUGCAAUGGGAUGUUUUAUGUUUAUUCAGAAAGUGAUAAGGUAGCAGCAUAUGACAUUGAGAAGGGCUAUUGGGUUAGAAUCCAAACCAGUCCAUUCCCUCCCCGAGUUCAUGAAUACCACCCUAAACUUAUAUGCUGCAAUGGACGGUUAUUUAUGCUUUCUGUCUCGUGGUGUGAAGGAGAAGGUCAGAUUGGCAGGAGAAACAAAGCAGUAAGAAAGCUUUGGGAGCUUGAUCUUAUGUAUCUCACUUGGACAGAAGUUUCAACACAUCCUGAUGCCCCAAUGGAUUGGAACGCUGCGUUUAUUGCUGAUAAAAACUUUAUAUUUGGAGUUGAAAUGUUCAAAAUAUUCGGGCAGGUGCUAGACUUCUUGACUGUUGGAGAAGUAUCUGGUGCUGGAACAAGCUGGAGCCAUAUCUCAAGGAACCGUCUACCCCACGAAUUGGAUGCUGCUUCUUGCUUGACUAAAUCCAUGGCAGUGCUACACUUGUGACGGAUCAAAGAAGACCUACGAUAACAUU